AUGACAGCCCCCAACACUCUGUACAUCACGCUGAACACUGGGGCCUCUUGGCUACCGGAGAUAAACCCCCCGCUGGCCAUCUUUACCACGUCACCGACAUUGGGCGUGAACCUCUUGAUCUCUCCUGGGAAGUCCGCGAGAUUCGCAACCCGACCAAUUCGCAACCCGACCAAGCUCAGCACCAUGGUCGCUUGUCUCAAAAUUGCUAGCGCCCCAAGCAUGCAGACGAUGUGCAACAUCACAUCUCAUAUUCCUCUCCCGAAUCCGCACUAUCUCCCUCACGGCGCCGCCCAGGGGGGUAGUCGCAUCUGGGUCAAGGAGGCUCUCGACCAACUCCAUCGAAAGAAGGAAAUAAAUUUACCGGUUGAUGUUGACAACAUUGAGUGGUAUUGCAAGGCUACUGCUGAACAGAACAUCAAGGCUCCGGGCUCGCCUCAAAUCUUGAACGAUCUGACGUGGCUUGGCAAAUCUCCCGAUUCGUAUGAGAGCGAGCACCAGGCCCAUUAUGGGUCUUCUCACAUGGUCACUGAGACUCUCAGGCAAUGCUACGAAUUGAGUUGA